AUGACUCUUACCGGUAGCUGCAUGUGUGGUGUAAUCCACUACUCCGCUGAAGUGGACAAGUACCUCGCCGCUCUCUGCCACUGCACUGAUUGCCAGAAGUGGACUGGAGGCGCCUUCACCUCUAACGCCGUCGUUCCCCGCAGCAGCUUCAAGGUAACAAAGGGAACCCCCAAAACCUACGACGCCGUCGGAAACAGCGGCAAGGUUAAUAAGCAUUUCUUCUGCUCAAAUUGUGGAUCGGGACUGUAUACUGAGCUGGAGGUUAUGCCUGAUAUGCUUUGCGUUAAGGCCGGAGGUCUGGACAAUGAGGACGCUAAUCUCGGUGGGAAGAUUGAUAUCGAGUUUUAUGUUAAGGAUCGACCUAGUUAUCUAUCUGCUGUUGAGGGUGCGAAGCAGGAGCCUAUGUUUGGGUAA